AUCUCAACAAACAAACAUUAGUAAACUAAUCAAGCUAAGGUUUGAUUCUCUUCUCGUCUUCAUCAUCAUGAAUGCAAACAAGCCAUCAAGGGAAGAAUCCAUAUUCUUAGCAAAGGCAGCACAAGCUGCAGAGAGAUACAAGGAAAUGGUGGACUUCAUGAAGACUCUAGUCCUUUCGAUCACCCCGGCUGCCGAGCUUACGGAGGAAGAAAGAAAUCUUGUAUCGUCAGCUUACAAGAACAUGAUCGGUCCUCUUCGCACGGGGUGGUGCAUUGUUUCGGCAAUCGAGAAGAAGGAAAAUGACGGCGAAGACGAGAAGCGCGCCGCCAUAGUCAGGGCAUAUAAGUUAGACCUGGAGUCCAAUAUGUCACAUGUGUGCAAUGAUAUUCUUGGACUCCUAGAGUCCAACUUGCUGCCCUCGGCUGCGGCCAGCGACUCUAGGGUUUUUUAUUUGAAGAUGAAAGGUGAUUAUAUUAGAUACUUGUUGAAGUUUGCGGUUGGCGAUGAUAGAAAGAUAUCUGCUGAUGCGGCCAUGGAGGCUUAUACGGCGGCUCAGGAUAUUGCUGUAGUGGAUCUUGCGCCUUCUAGUCCAAUAAGAUUAGGUCUCAUUCUCAACUUCUCAGUGUUCUGCCAUGAAAUCCUCAAUGAGCCUGAUAAAGCUUGUGACAUGGCUAAACAGGGUAUUGAAGAAGCAAUUGCAGAAAUAAAAACACUAGCAGAGCCGCCAAACAAAGACACCACUCUUAUAAUUCAACUCCUAAGAGAUAAUCUCUCCAGUUGGACCACUGAGGUCUCUUUGUAUGUGUUGUCCGGAAAGAGGAGGACUCUGAUUAUUUGUUUGUCAGAACCAAAAGUAAAGAUUUUGGUAGAUAGAGAUCCCAUAAAAACUUCUUUUGAGAAAUGGGCAAAAUCCAGUCAUUUCUCAAGAACAAUAGUUAAGGGACCCGAUACUACUACUUGGAUUUGGAACCUACAUGCUGAUGCUCAUGAUUUCGAUAGCUACACUAGUGAUUUAGAGGAGAUUUUCUGAAAAGUAUUUAGUACCCAUUUUGGCCAACUCUCCAUCAUCUUUCUUUGGCUUAGUGGCAUGUAUUUUCAUGGUGCUCGUUUUCCAAUUAUGAAGCAUGGCUAAGUGAUCCAACUCACAUUGGACCUAGUGCCUAAGUGGUUUGGCCAAUAGUGGGCUAAGAAAUAUUAAAUGGUGAUGUCGGCGGGGGGUUUCGAGGAAUACAAAUAAUCUCCGAUUUUUUCCAAAUUUGGCGAGCAUCUGGAAUAACUAGUGAAUUACAACUUUAUUGCACCACAAUUGGUGCAUUAGUAUUUGCAGCCUUAAUACUUUUUGCUAGUUGGUUUCAUUAUCACAAAGCUGCCCUAAAAUUGGCAUGGUUACAAGACGUAGAAUCUAUGUUGAAUCACCAUUUGGCAGGAUUACUAGGACUUGGAUCUCUUUCUUGGGUCGGGCAUCAAGUACAUGUAUCUUUACCAAUUAACCAAUUUUUAAAUGCUGGAGUAGAUCCAAAGGAGAUCCCACUUCCUCAUGAAUUUAUCUUGAAUCAGGAUCUUUUGGUUCAACUUUAUCCUAGUUUUGCCGAGGGAG